CUGGUAUCUGCGCUGCAGCCACUCUCGCCGGAUCCCACUGGAAGGAAGAAGCAAAGAAACGAAUGCAGGCUCGGCUCGGCUCAGCUCAGGAGGCGAGGAGGACGGAAGGGGUAAAGUUCCAGCAGCUUCUUCCUGGCAGUUUCCCACCAGAGAUGUAGGAGCUUCCAACACUUCCCGCAGCCUGAGAGUCGGAGUGUCCAGCGGGGGCCGGCUGGAAUGACCUGGGGAAGCGGGAGCACUCUGGAAACCCUCGAUGGGGUUGCCCACUAGGAGCUGUCUGUGAUCCCACCCCUAUACCACCAAACCACCCACCUGCCCAGCCCUGCAACUCACUCGCCGGCUGCCUGAGCAACUGAACGGGAGGCUAUGAUCCCUCGGGCUCUUAUCAGCUGAUGGAUAACGAAGCAAACGCCAACCAAGCGGCCCUCUCUGCGAGCACAGAGGAAUUGUGGGAAAAAAGAUCCGGAAAUAUCUACAAGCCAUCUGCUGCCCAGACCCCUGAGAAACUGUGAAUGAGUGUGAAACAGAGAAAUCCUGCUCCAGUGAGACUUCGCCCCGUCCUGUCCUCUCCUCUCAGGGCAUGGCCCAGGUCCAGGAUGGACAUCCAAAAGAAUGCGACAGCCCUGCGAUGUUAGAGGAGAGUCAGGAUGGUAUGGACAGUGGUAGUCUGACCCCUGGCACAGCUCGACAGGUCUGCAUCCAGCGCCACCCCAUCCACGGCUUCGGCUUCAUCGCCGGCAGUGAACGGCCUGUCAUUGUACGCUCUGUCUCUGCGGACGGGCCAUCCGAGGGCAAGCUUUUCGCCGGAGAUCAGAUCCUAGCCAUCAACGAGGAGCCCGUCAGCGACGCACCCAGGGAGAGAGUCAUAGACCUUGUAAGACGCUGCAAGGACUCUAUUGUUCUCACUGUGCUGCAGCCCCAACAGUCACCUAAAUCUGCCUUCAUAAGUGCAGCCAAGAAAGCUCGCCUGCGAACCAAUCCCCCCAAAGUGCGCUUUUCUGAGCAAGUGUCCAUCAGCGACCCAGACUCAACCAUGCUUAAGGACGACUCUUUGCUUCUGAUACCAAAUGUGUUGAAGGUGUUCCUGGAGAACGGACAGAUCAAGUCCUUCACGUUCGACAGCCGGACCACUGUCAGGGAUGUGAUGUCCUCGCUCCAGGACCGCCUGUCUCUUCGCUAUAUCGAGCAUUUCGCCCUGGUUCUGGAGUCUGGAGGUCUCGACCAGAACCAGAGACUUCACCUCCUGCAGGAGAACCAGCCUCUCUCGCACGUGGUGCACAGAACCUAUUUCCAGGGGAUGAAGUGUUUAUUCCGAAUAUGUUUCUUCCCCAAAGACCCAGCUGACUUAUUAAGGCGAGACCCUGCUGCGUUUGAAUACCUCUACAUACAGAGCCGCAAUGACGUCAUCAAAGAGCGCUUUGGGAUGGACUGGAAAGCUGACGUUACCCUUCGAUUAGCAGCUCUGCAUAUUUACAUCACAGUAUCAAUAGCAAGACCAAACCAGAAGAUCUCCCUCAAGCAUGUGGAGAAGGAAUGGGGUCUGGAACCUUUCCUUCCUCUUACCUUGCUGCCGACUGUGAAGGAGAAGAAUGUGUGUAAGACUCUUUCCCAGCUGCUGAAGACAUAUCAACACCCCCCACCUGCUGGUAACAAGGUUCCACCUCUUCAAGGAAAGUUACAGUACAUGCGUGUGCUGAACGACCUUCCGCCGUUUGGAGGACUGUUGUUUCACACAGUUGGACUGGAUGAAAAACAUACAGCUACUACAUUGUUGGUGGGCCCGAGACAUGGAAUCAGUCAUGUAAUCGACCUGAAGAAUAACCUCACAACAGUCCUGGCUGAGUUCAGCCGCGUAGCAAAGAUCCAACUGUUCCGGGAACACCAGGGAGUCGCCCGCGUCGAGGUGGCUAUCGUCGAAGCUAAGCCCCUGGUCUUGUUGAUGGAGUGGCCGGACGCAUCAAACUUUGCCUGCUUGAUUUCUGGUUAUUACAAGCUCUUCGUGGAUCCCAAAAGGACUAUCUACUACAGGACACCUGGUCAGUCUCAUAUGAUCAAGGCAGAUUUCAGAAGCUCCCACCCUCAUUCCCGCUCUGGAGCCUCUGCGUCGGGUGGCGGUCGGCGAGAAGAGAGAGAGGGAUCCAGAGAGGCAUCGCAGAAGACCUCUGCGGCACCACCAACACCAGCAGCACCACCAGCAGCACCGUCACAACACCUCGGCCUCUGUCAUAUUCAUUUGAAGGAACAGCAGCAGCUGCGGGAACUUCAGAUGCAAGCAGACGAGCAGCUGGAUAUUAACGAGAACCUGAUUUCCCAGGGGCAGAACCGUUCCCGUACCAAGUCUGAUCCCACCCUAAAGAGCACUGAAUCAGUGGCAGAACCUGGCAGCCCAAAUCACGAGAGCUCGGGCUUCAGGGGCCGGGCCAAAACCCUGGAGAACUCCCAGCGUUCAGGGAGGUUCUUCUGCGACUCCUGCAAGGCGAAACUUAAGGCUGGGGGAGUGACGUCAGAGAAGGGAAUGUGUGGGAAGCUCGUCCUACAGUGCACGAACGCUUGCUCCUCCCGCGACGGAGGAGCCGUGGAUCUCAUGGCCCUCCCCCCUCCUGGGAAUGAAGAAGAUGAGGAGAUGGAUGAAGGAGGAGGGAAGUUGCAGCCUCCUCCUCCAGCUAUAGCAGCACCACCCCCAGGGUUUCGAGAUAACAGCUCUGAUGAGGACGACUCUAAAAAGAAACGGAAAAACGCUGCGGCGGCUGCGGCUGCUGCCGCAUCCAACACAGCUGCAGCAUCUGCUGCGGUCAUCCGUGAGGAUGUACCAGUGACACUGAUUGAUAACGUGGCAACCAGGACAGUGCGAGACCAUGCCCAGGAGCUGGAUGAUGCAUUAGUGUCCACUCUACAGGCUCUGGAGGCACUAGCUGCAUCAGAAGACUAUCCUCAUCAUCAUCAGCAGACUCCACAGACAGCAGGGUUGAUUGUUUUGGCAGCCAUUACUCCAGAGUCUUCUCUCGAUUCUGGCCAUGAGACAAACUCAUCCGAGCUAACUGAUGUGUCGGAGAUGGUGUCGGCCAUGAAGCAGCACCAGAAUCAGGCCUACCUUUUGGCCCACCACAUCAACAAGGAGCGGAUAUUCAGCCGACGUGACUUUCCCUUGACAAUCCCCGGCUGCACAACACAGGCCAUUGGAGGAGGGGCUUUCUCCAUGGGUCAGAUCCGUGGUGGUUGCCCACCAAAGCCUGUAAUUCUCACUAAGACUAUGCCCUUGAAAGUCAGUCACAGUCAAGGGGCCACUCCCUUUGGAACUCCUUCAGAGCAGGGUAAGACUUUGGAUGGGGUAAAGAAUGCACAGGAUGCAGAGAAAGCAGUAUUAGAACCCACCAAAGAGUGCUCGGCAGAGCCUGUUCUUCAAGCACCUGAGGAGUUAAAAGUUCCUGAUCAAGAGGGAGCAGCUGAGGCCAGCAAAGAUGAGAGAUCGCUAAGUUCUAAAGAUGGCAAACUGACCCCUAAUACCUCUGAAAAAGAUAAGGAGAAAACCUCUGGACAUUCAACCCCAGAAACUACCAACAAAGCCUUACCUAUUCUCUUGCCUGCAGACAGAACUUCUUCUGCUAAGAUUUUGCCAACAAACAUGUGCCAAGAUGCCGAGACUGCCUCUAGUGAGACCACUAAGCCUUCUAGUUCAAAGGCUCUACUGCCAGCUGAUGACUUGUUCUGUACCUGUCCAGUUCGGCCAGAGCCUGGGCCACAACUGCGACUAAAAGACCCGCAGGCCCAAAAGGUGGUUGUUUUCCAUUCGUCAUCUCCUACUGAUGAUGAGCGCCUCCGUGCCAAAGGACUGCAGUUAGCCAGCAACAAAGAAAGCGCAGUUAGAACACCUGAGAUAAACUUACCUAAACCUAAAACCCAUCCUCCAGCAAAGUAUUCCCCGACUAUGCCUGUGAAAACAGAAAGGAAAGAUGCACCCGAGGCCAAGACAGAUAGCUCCAAAAGUAAAGCCUCUACUGAACCACAGAAAAGCACUAAAAGCGUACCUGUCCUCGUAGAUACAACACAUGUUUUGAGCAGCGGAGAAAAGGGUGCGACUAUUCCUGGAGCAGAGUAUAAGAAGCAGGCGAACAACAAAGGCAAGUCGCAGCGUAAUGCUCCAUUUCUGAGCAUUCGGAAUCUGAUUUCAGCCACGUUUCCCGCUCGUCUGCGGCGGGAGACAGAUGAGCGACGUGCACAACUUCAGAAGGUGAGGCAGUACGAACUAGAGUUCUUAGAAGAGCUGCUAAAACCUAAAACAUCACAGGGGGAGUUCUUGCCCCAAGGGUCCUCUCCUAUCCCCUCGGGGACUCCAUGUGCCUGCCAGCUGCGCACAAGCCCGGUACAAAAAGUCCCCGGCAUCUCUCGAGAGCAGCGACGCAGCUGCGACUGCAAGAGGAUGUGUAGGGGAAUGCGUCUCCCUGAUACCCCCGUAGGUUCUGUAAUGGAGCAGAGAGGAAGGGAAAGGACUGUCUCUGAAAGUCCCACUGCAAAAUCGAAAUCUCCACAUCUUCAAGGGGCCACUAAGCGACCCCAGACUUUGGAGAUCAAAACCACACGAAUCCGCUCCACAAGUCUGGAGUCGAGAGAACCCAGAGACACGCCGACGUCAUGUUUACCUACAUGCACCUCCCGCUCAGAAUGCAUUGGAGCGCCACAGUACAAAAAGCUUCAGAGAAGAUACAGCAUAGGGGAGAUUGACAACAAUGACAGCACACCCCUGUACGCUGAGGUCAAAUCGACUAAAACAAAGAGCUUAGAGAAGGAGAUGGAGAAGGUUAGAGCUACAGGGCUAAGACUUCCAACUCCGGUGGAACCCAUUCACACUCAAGAUGCGAAAAAGAAGGGAGUGUUCUUCAUCCAAGGUGAAGAACUUCUUCGGGAGUGUCGGGAGGGAACCACAGAAGUUCUGCUAGGCUUACCGAGUGAGGACAAUGAGGACAGGGAGAAAUGUUGCUCCUUUUGUUUCUGUUACCGCAAGUGUGAGGCAGCUGACGAGAGCAGUGAGAAGGACGAACUGUCGUAUUCAAUUCCUCUCCAGGUCUUGCCUGGGAUGCAGCUGGACUCAAGAGCUUUGCCUGUAGUCAGUAAGACUUUGCAGGUGCUUGAUGCUGAAGAUUGCAGUGGCGAGGAGGAGAUAGAGGAGGAGGAACCACAAACUCAGGAGAUUGACCUGCGGGCCUGUGGCAACUUGGAGAUGAGCUUGGCUCGAGUGCAGUCCCUGCAGGGAAAGACUUUCUGCCUACCUGAUGGUUUUCUAAACGCACAACUCGAUGCCAAUGAGCUGCUUACUAUUUUACGUCAGUGUGCCAACAGUCCCCAGAUUGAGGGUGAACCUCGCAUGCCUUCUGCGAGGUUGGCAGAGUACAAGCAGGAACUCGCAGUCCGCUUUAAAGAGUUCAGGGCGUCGUGUAGACGAGUGGCGAGCGUUGAGAAAAGUCCCUCGCGAAUGUUAAGUGCUGUCACGGCCAGCUUCCAAGUGCUGUGCAGCCUCACUCAGACGUUCAUUCGGUUGGUGCGAGGCGUGCGAUCGGAAGCCCAAAGGCUACAGCUCCUACGGAAGGUCGAGGAAGUCGCGGUGAACUACACUUUGCUACUUCGGGCUGCCGAGGAGGCUAUGGGACACUCUAGCAGCUUACCCACAAAGAGUGCAAGUCCACAACUCCCCACCUCAACCAACAUGGGCUCUCUUACUCGUCCUAUUAAAACUUUGCCCAGCAAGUGAAACUUAUUUUUGCACAAAAGAGGAUCUGAGAGCAUGAGCAAUGUUGUACAACACUCUUAAUCGUUUCUUAACCAUUUUGUUUACAUUUUAGCAGAUUUUUCCAUGGUUCACUGUCAGCCAGACUACAGACUACAUACUUAAAGUCCAUUACAUGUUUACAAAGUUGUGCCAGCACUAAGUUGCUCUACUGUCCUACGAGACAGAGACCUCUGACUACCUUGCACUCGUUUGUGCCAAGUGGGGAGACCAAUACAGCCGUCCCUCACCUCCCUGCAGAAUGAACCAUCAGAUCAUCAGAGCUGCACACCCAAAGCUCUGGAAGUUGUGGAUCACUGUCAUUGUCAACAGACUCCAAAAGAUUUCUUUGAUGUUUAAUCGUUCCCAUGUUAUAAAAGAUUAAUCUGGGGUAAUCAUAUGUUAUGUACAAAAGAAAAGAAAACUGUAACCAAUAGGAAACCAGAGGAAAAACGCAUUAUUAUAUCAAACCCAUGCCCUGCGGCGACACUAUUGCAGAGAAAAUGUUGCGUAGCAGAUUCUGUGAAGUAGGUAGUGAAAGCAAUGGUUAAUUGGUGACGUGCUUGUUUGUACAUUUUUUGAUUCUUGUGACAUGAAUUUGAGUACUCCCUUGUUGCAAUAUUACGGUCAGUGUUUGGACAUACAGUAUAUUUAUCUCCACCACAGUCUAAAUUGCCACGUUUGAUGAGGAUGUUCACGAACACACUGAGGAAUUGGAACACCUGCUCAGGGCAGACUAUGUAGCAGAAAUCGAGAUUCACUGAUGUAAAUCCAUUGAAACACUUUCAGGCACUUUUCCCAUCAUAAAACCUAAAACAAACCACGUGCGCUUCACCUGACCUCACAAUAAAAAAUAAAAAUUAAAAAAUAAAAAAGAUGAAGGAAAAAGGAAACAGUGCAUUUUCACAAUGUUCACAACGAAUACAACGAAGACUUAUUUAGGAACAAAGCUUGGGUAGUUUUAGCAGGGAACAGUGUGAUAAUGAAACCCAUCCAGAGAUCCACACAAUAAAUCCACAUCACUGAGUUUUAUCACUGAGCUUUAUGGUAAAUUAUACUGUUUGUAUACAUGUAUAGAUGUAAUGACGGCCAAAAGUCCUUGCUUUUCUAACAAAAACAAACAAAAAAAAAACACGUUAAUGUUUAAAAAUGUUUCAGCUUUCCCUAUAUCUGAGCUUCUCGGCUAUAUCUGAUUUAAACCCUUUCUUUUUUAUUUUUUCUUGUGUUGUCAUCCAUUGUGCAUUCCAGAGGAUAUUGAAGAAACCCACAGAGUAGUUUUAUAUGUAUUUUAAUAAAAUCAAACAGCUGUUUUCUGUCUGAGAA